CUCCAACCAUGCUCCAACCAUGCUCCAACCACUCGUAUCUACCAUUUACUUUGCUGCUCUGUCCUGUGCGCUUAUCUCCCAGCCACAGCAGCGACAGCUCUCCACACCAGCCAAGCCGUUCAGCCCUGCUCUCAGCCACAGACAGCCAUUCACUGUCUACGAGACUCCUCUGUCUCUGAACCCCAUUGCAAGCCCUACCACCUUUUCCUCGUCGCUUGCCCACAGCGACCCCUUGCUGCUGCAGAGCAUGUCGAUUGCUGCCACUUAUCUGCACCAGAAGCAUGGCAUCCAACUGGACAGCAUCCACAUCACCGAUGCAUACACCGACACUGCUACAGGGCUAACACAUGUCUACAUGGUCCAGACCCACGGUGGCCUGCAUGUCACCAAUGCCGUAGCAAACGUCAACAUUGACAAGAAUGGACGUGUCAUUUCGUCUGGCCAUUCAUUUACUCCUGAGCCUCUGGCUAGCAACAAUGCCGACUUUUCAUCAGCUGCUCUCUCAACAGACUCUGCCAGAGCGGCCCUUCUUGCUUUGGCCAACCACAUCCAAGCACCACUUGCCGACACUGACCUUGGUGGCAUGGCAGCAACCAGCUUUGACUCACCGUCUGGGCUCACUGUCACGAACUUGCCUGCACACUUUGCCAUCGAUGGAACUGCCCGUAUUACCUCUGCUCUCUUGCAGAAUGCUGACGGCUCAGUAUCCAGCGUCUGGCGUGUCAAUGCCGAGCAGCAGGACCACUGGUGGACUGCAAGCAUCGACACUUCUUCGCACAAUGUGCUCGCCCUCUACGACUGGUACUCGCAGUCUGAAUCAUACAAUGUCUAUGCCAAGGAUGUGCUGUCUCCUGAAGAUGGCAAGCACACACUGGUUGCUGACCCGGCAAGCAAGGAUGCCAGUCCAAAGGGCUGGGUCACCAAGGGCUCGACCUACGGCAACAAUGUCUGGGCACAGUCCAACCCAACCGGUGGCUCGACGUGGCAGACAAACCACCGCCCGAAAGCUGGCCCCGGCAAUGUGUUCGAUUUUCCCCUCAACUUGUCGCAGCCACCAGAGUCGUACAUUGACGCAGCUAUUGUGCAGCUGUUCUAUACCAACAACAUCAUGCACGAUCUGUCCUACAUCUACGGCUUUGAUGAGGCUGCAGGCAACUUCCAGGAUGAGAACUUUAGCGGCAGAGGGGUUGGCGGGGAUGGCAUCAUUGCCAAUGCCCAGGACGGCUCUGGCACCAACAAUGCCAACUUUGCCACGCCUCCUGAUGGCCAGCGUCCGCGCAUGCGUAUGUAUACAUGGACCCAGACUAUGCCAAACCGCGACGGCGACUUUGAGCAGGACAUUGUGGCACACGAGUUCACCCAUGGAAUCUCGAACCGGCUGACAGGCGGGCCCGCCAAUACCGACUGCCUGAAUGAUGGCGAGUCGGGUGGCAUGGGCGAGGGGUGGAGCGAUGCAGUGUCGACUAUCCUGCGCCUCAAGAGCACUGAUACACAUGACACUGACCUUGUGCUGGGCCACUAUGUGUACACCAAGGGGAUUCGCAACUAUCCGUACUCGACCAGCAUGGACACCAACCCAUCAACAUACAGCUACCUCGACCGCAUGGACUACCAGGAAGUGCAUGCCAUCGGCGAGGUGUGGGCUGAAAUUCUGUAUGAAGUGAUGUGGGCGCUGAUUGACAAGAAUGGCUUUGCCGAUGACAUCUUUGCCCACGACCUGACCAAGGGCAACUCCAUCAUGCUCCAGAUCCUGCUUGACGGGAUGAAGCUGCAGCCGUGCAACCCAACGUUUAUCGAUGCACGCAAUGCCAUAAUCCAGGCCGAGCAGAAUCUGACUGGUGGCAAGAACAGGUGCGAGAUCUGGGGUGCAUUUGCCAAGCGCGGACUUGGUGUCAAUGCACCGGGUGGUGGAUGGGGCAGGCAUACCGAUGACAGCAGUGUUCCUGAUGGGUGCUAGCGGUGAACAUGUGCAUAUGUAAAUGUCCCCUCCAUUCCGCCUCCAUCAGUUUUUCAACGCCCAUUUAUAACCAUCGCUUUCCAACCUUGCAACUACUUUGUUAACCACACCGUCCAUUUCUUAAAUGCAUCGUUAUGUGCCAUGUGCACAAGCAGUAGAAGGAAG